UUUAUAUGAAUGAUAUUAAUUAUAAAUUUAUGCAAAAUAUAUUAAAAAAAAAAAAAAAUAUCUCGCAGGAACGACAUUAAUAAUAAUUUUUUUUAUAUUUCAUAACUCUGUUUAUAACAGUAGUUCUUUUAGGUCACGUUAAAUUAUACGGUGUAAUGAUAAAGAAAAGUAGUAAAAGUUGUGUGGGGAGUCACUUUGAUAGUAUAGAAAAUAUGUUACAUACUAUCUAUGAGUAAAUUGCAAGAUGCAGUGUAAAUACUCACGCGGCACCAUAUGAAAGAUCGUUUACGGGGAUAAUAGGUACGUUUCGCUUCACAAUUCGCUUCGUGCAGUCGAGAAUAGUCUAUCAAAGGACGCGCAACUUUCGCGGAAGAUUUAUUUUCAAAUACAAUUUAAACGCGCGAAAAUUAAAGAAACGCCAAUCAAUAGAUGUUUACGAUGGAAUUAAAAGAAACGUUAAUCCUUAUUUACGACGUUCUAUUAUUCUUGAUAAUGUCAAUAUUCUAUAUAUUCGAAACAAUAAUAUUUACAAUCGUUCCACAACGUUAUCGUGAAAAAUCUAUCAAAGGGAAAAUAGCUUUAAUUACUGGAGGUGCCACUGGAAUUGGUAAAUUGAUUGCCCAGAAAUUAUCUUAUUUAGGUGCUAACGUUAUCAUCUGGGAUAUAAAUAAAUCAGCACUCGAAGAUACGGUAAAUGAAAUAAGAAGACACGGUGGAAAAUGUUGGGGAUAUUAUUGCGAUAUUUCUGAUCGAGAAGAAAUAUUUAAAAUUGCGAAAUCCAUUAAAAUUGAGAUUGGUAAUAUAUCAUUAUUGAUAAACAAUGCUGGUUAUGUAUAUGGUAAAACUCUUUUGGAUAUACCAGAUGAAGAAAUAGAACGUACAUUUAAAAUAAAUAUAUUGGCGCAUUAUUGGAUGAUUAAAGCAUUUUUAAAAGAUAUGAUGAAAGAAAAUUAUGGACACAUUGUAACAAUAGCAAGUGUUGCUGGUUUACUUGGAACUUACAAUUGCACUGAUUAUUCAGCCACGAAAUUUGCUGCCAUUGGACUUCACGAAAGUCUUUUUUCAGAACUCAAAGCUCAUGGAUACGAAGGGAUUCAUAUGACACUCGUUUGUCCUUAUUUGAUUAAUACGAAAAUGUUUUAUGGUGUUAAACCUAGAUUGAUGAAAAUGCUCGAACCCGAGUACGUUGCCGAAGAAGUAAUAAAAGGAAUAUUAUUGAACAAAGUAAAUGUUACAUUACCUAACAUUGUCAGACUUCUUUUGCCACUUAAAUGCUUAUUACCUGCAAAAAUGUGUUGGGAUUUAAUGUAUCGUAUAAUACGUGGACCACAAUCAAUGAUGAUGUUUAAAGGACAAGAAAGUAUAGAGAUGCAUCAAAAAAAUAAUAAUGUUAUUGAAAAGACUGAAAAAUUACACCUACAGUAAUUAUAUUCAAAAAUAUACUGCAUAAUUUUGUAAGUAAAUUCAUGAUAUAUUAAUUGAUAAUACUUCAUUUCACAAUCGAAAUAAAAUCUUGAUUAGUCAUAAGAAUACUAUACAUAUGUAUGAAAUAUAUUAUAAAAUGUUAGUAUUCUUAGAGGAUAUUUGUUAUAAUAUUGUUAAUUAAUUAUUGGCCAUUAGAUACGUAUAUCAAUCGACGGAUUAUGAAAAUCCAAUCGGUUAUAUGAUACUUCAUUAGAAAAUUCUUAUAACAAGUCAUAAAAAUAAUUCAAUCCUUGACCAAGCUCCCAAAUAGCAAUACCUGUACCUAAUUCUGCUGCAAGAUCAAAUCGAUGUAUAAUGGAGUACAGAGUAGGAUAAAAAAUAUAUCCACUGCCUAAAGAAGAUCUGAAAUAUAAUAUGAUAUUUAAUAACAGAUGAAGUAUUCACGAAAAUUAUAAGUUGAGAAAAAGUUGAUCAAAUCAAAAAUCUUACUUUGCUUCAAAGAAAUGUUCUUUACUUCUAUCAUCCCACUGAAUCUUGCUUUUGAAUGAUUCAAGACUUUUUAAGUAUUGUGAACCUAAAAUAGGUCCACCACCUUCUGGUGUAUAAUUGUAUCCAUAAAAAUUGAUACCUAGCAAGAUUUGAGUUCGUCUAGGAUCAUUUUGAUCUGGAAUUAAUAGUUCUACACAUUGUCUUGCCCAAGAAAGUGGACUAUUAGGACCAGGACGUUGAAUGCUUGAGUAAUCGUAUGUCAUCAAAGAGAAAGCUUUAACAUGGGGUGCCAAUUCAUUGAAUUGGUCUCUUGAAAAUAAUUGUGCUUUUGUACUAAAAAAUCAAAAUAAGUCUAAUCAUUUAAGAGAUUAUCAAAAAAAAAAAAAAUAAUAAUAAUGUAAGUAAUAUGAGACUUACCCUCUUGAUGGUGGAACUGCUAAUAUUAUGUCAAGAUGAUUGUUUUUUAAUUUUUGAGCAAUUGUUUUAACCACAGACAAAAUAAUUUGCACAUUGAUACCCGUAAAUAUAAACUGAUUCCAUAUUUCUAAGACAUAACCAUCAAAACGGAAUGUCUAUAACAAAAUAUUUUAACAUUCAGAUAUAUAUUUAUAUUUUUAUAAUAGAAUUUGUAUGUUGUGUCAUUUUCUCUUUUUUUAUAACAAUAAAAUCAUUACCUUUGCUGUAUCAGAUAGUAUCGUAAUGAGUUGUUGUUGCUUUUGUAUAUUAUUUUCUAAUUCGACGAUAUCAUUGGUUGACCAAUGUUCGAAUAAUACCCUUGGCAAAACUGAAAUAUGUUCAAACUAAAGUAAAAGAAUAUUUUAAUGAUUUUUUAUACAAUUAUUAAGUGGUAUAUAAUAACCACUAUUAUUUUCUAAUUCGACAUACUUUUUACAUUAUGAUUUUCACUGUUCAUAGAUCUCAUAUCCUUCAACCAUUUUUUUUGAACAUCAUGUGUUGGUAAUUGAAAUGUUGACAUAUUACUAGGUAAUAUGGAUAACCACACUGGUGAUACCAUUGUGAAUUUCCCAUGAAAAGUUUUUGAUAUCUCAUAUCCAUUACUGUUCCACUAAAAUUAUAUCAUAGAAUAUAAGCUAAUUAUAAUAAUAAUUUAGCUCUAAUGAUUGUACUUACAGGAGUAAUAUAUCCUAAAAUUUCUCCAGAAAAUCUUCUACGCUUAGUAUCUAUAUAAUAUGUUCCAGAUUCCCUAAUAAUCUCGGUUGUUUUAAUAUCUUUAGUUACUAAACUCCUUUGAAAAACGUCUUUGUUGACAGGGCCUUUCUAAAAUUAUAAUUAAAUCAAUCUUUAAGGCAUGUUGUAUAU